AUGUUUUUGGGUUUAAGAAGGGUGAGAUUCAACUUUGGAGCAGUUUUGGAGCAGUAUCAAUACUUAGUAAGACAAGAGGAAAUAGCAAGAGAUGAGAGGUAAGUGAAUACGGUAUGAUAAAAUAAUUAAGGUUAAAAGAUUGUCUAAUUGGAUAGAGUGAAUGAUGAAUUGAUGAAAACACAUUAAUAAUGGUUACAAUAUUCAAAAUUUUUGGAUGAUUUUAUAAAAAGAAACUAUAGAGCAUAAGAAAGUUAAGUUUAAUAGCCUUCUGCAAAGUAGUCAUCAUUCUUUAGCUCUUUGUUCGGUGGGUCAUAGAGUGUAAGUCUUAAAGAUACAAGACUAUAAUCAACUUAAUAAGAUCAUAAUCGACCAUUUGUAUAAUAGAUAUAAGGUUUAUAUGUGUUUGGUUCACCAGGAUGUGGGAAGACUUAUAUAAUGGAUUUAUUUUAUGAAUAAUGUUAAAUAGCUUAAAAGAAACGAAUUCAUUUUAAUGAAUUUAUGCUUGAUAUCUAAAAAGAUUUACAUAAAUGUUCUAGUAAGGAGGAUCCUGUUAAUAAAGUUGGAACUGCCAAAGCUAAAGAAUUAAGAUUAUUAUGUCUAGAUGAAUUUUAAGUUACUGAUAUAGGUGAUGCUUUGAUUUUAAAAAGAUUAUUUGAAACAAUGAUUAAUAAUCAUAUGGUAUUAGUUGCAACAUCUAACAGACCUCCUGAAGAUUUAUAUAAAGGAGGAUUGUAAAGACAUUUAUUUUUACCAUUUAUUCCAUUUUUAAAGUAAUCAUGCAUUAUUCACAAUAUGGACUCAUAGGUUGAUUAUAGAUACUCUUACGUAUUAAUUUUCUAUAUUUACUAUUGUAGUCUGAAGCUUAAAGUGAAAGAUUAUUAACGUAUAUUAGUCCACUUGAUGAAAGUGCUGAACAAACUAUAAAAGGAGUAUUCAAAAGAAUUAGUGGUACUGAUAAAUUGUAAUUAAUUCUCAUUCUAUUAAUAGUUAUGAAAAAGAAAUAGAGGUUAUUGAAGGAAGAAACUUUAAAGUUAAAAAAUAAGCCAAUGGAGUUGCUUUAUUUGAAUAUGAAGAAUUAUGUGAAGAUGUUGUUGGAGCAUCUGAUUUUAUAGCUUUAUGUAGAAAUUAUCAUACUAUUUGUCUUAAAGGAGUUAAAUAAAUUAGUAUGAGUAAUAGAAAUGCUGCUAGAAGAUUUAUUUUAUUAAUUGAUGAAAUGUAUAAUCAUAAAACUAAAUUAUAUUGUUCUGCUGAAAGAGAUUUAAUGAAUCUCUUUAUUGUUAAAAAUAAAGGAGAUUAAUAUGAUGAAGAAUUUGCACUUGAAAGAUGCAGAUCUAGAUUAAAGGAAAUGUAAUCAAAAGAAUAUCUAGAAACUCCAUCUUAUUAUGAUCAAUAGAAAUAAUGA